AUGACAAACUUCCGUCAGCGGAUGGGAUGGACUGGAGUGGGGCUGUAUUUGCUGGCAAGUGCAGAAGCGUUUUCCUAUGUUUGUGGAAUCAAUGAGACUUACAGCAGGUUGGCUUUGGAGCACAUUCAGCAGCACCCCGAGGAGCCUCGGGAAGGAACCACAUGGACACACUCCUUGAAAGCUCGGUUACUCUCCCUGCCCUUUUGGUUGUGGACAGUUAUUUUUCUGAUACCAUACUUACAGAUGUUUUUGUUUCUUUAUUCUUGUACAGGAGCUGAUCCCCAAACAGUGGGCUACUGUAUCGUACCCGAAGGCUUGGCAGUUCUCUGCGAUCGCCACCAGGCGUUCGUCAAGGCUUCUAAUAAGAUCAGCAGGCUACAACUGAUUGACACCUACAGCAGACACCGACUCCUCCUGAUCACAAGGCUGCAGUUUCCUCACAAUCUCAGGAAGUUGUGGUGGAACAGAGACUUAAAAAAUGUGAUCAGAGGACUACUUUAUCUGAAUAAUAAUGACUUUUUAAGCCCAAGAAACUACUAA